CCUUGUAGAUAAAAAGAAGAAGGCAAUGUUACGUAGUCUGCUACGCCAGAAGAUUCUUCAUUAAGAACCACGACUGGAGCUGGAAGGUUCACGGAAUCAGUUGGUAGCAGGUGUGAAAUGAAGUUGUGAUUUGUUUUAAAGUUUAAUUUAGCCAAAAAAUGGAGUUUCCGUACACCAGCAAGAGUAAAAUGAGAGCGCGGAGUGGUUCGGGAGUUCGAUUGGAAUAUUAUCAACGGCUUGUUUAUAAAACAAUAUUAAAAUAUCAAAAUCCUGUAACGGGAUUGCUUCCAGCUUCCCCAACAAAUGAACAUGCAUGGAUUAGGGAUAAUGUAUACAGUAUUCUUGCUGUCUGGGCACUCUCAAUGGCAUACAAGAAGUAUACUGAUAUGGAUGAGGACAAAGCCAAAACAUAUGAGCUUGAGCAGCGAUGUGUGAAACUUAUGAGAGGCUUGCUUAUGUCCAUGAUGCAGCAAAAAGAUAAACUAGAAAAAUUUAAAAUCUCACAAAACCCCCUUGAUUCCCUUCAUGCCAAAUAUAGCUCUUCUACUGGAGCAACAGUUGUAACUGAUUCAGGUUGGGGACAUCUGCAAAUUGAUGCAAUCUCAUUGUACUUGCUGAUCCUAUCCCAGAUGACUGCCUCAGGUCUUCAAAUUGUAUUUAAUUUGGAUGAAGUUUCAUUUGUUCAGAAUCUAGUGUUUUACAUCGAAUCUUCAUACUGUGUUCCGGAUUAUGGAGUGUGGGAAAGGGGUGACAAGACGAACCAUGGACUUCCAGAACUGAAUGCCAGCUCCAUCGGUAUGGCUAAAGCUGCACUAGAAGCGGUCAACGAACUAGAUCUAUUUGGAGCGCGAGGAGGUCCAACAUCUGUCAUACAUGUGUUGGCCGACGAAGCGCAAAAAUGUCAAGCAGUUUUGCUGUCAAUGUUGCCUCGUGAAUCAAAUUCAAAAGAAGUGGAUGCCGCGCUGUUGUCCGUCAUAGGAUUUCCUGCCUUUGCCGUCGAUGAUCCUGAGUUGAUUAAACUCACACGGACAACUAUCCAAGAGAAACUUCAGGGCCGCUAUGGUUUCAAGAGGUUCUUACGUGAUGGGUACAAAACUCCCAAAGAGGACCCGACUCGAUUAUACUAUGAGCCUUUUGAAUUGAGAGUUUUCGAAAACAUUGAAUGUGAAUGGCCACUAUUCUUUUGUCUUUCAAUGCUGGACUUUCUUUUUCAAGGAGAUAAAGAAGCCGUUGAAGAAUACUCGGAAGCUCUUGAAGAAAUUGUAAUUAAAACGGACGAUGGAUUGAAAUUUGUUCCCGAAUUGUAUGCUGUUUCAGCAGAAUCAGUCAGUGAAGAAUAUAAAUGUCCGGGAAGCCAAGACAGAAUAGCAGUUGGCAGAGUUCCUUUUAUGUGGGCUCAAUCCCUGUACAUAGUUGCACAACUGCUUAAAGAGAAUUUCAUAGCUCCUGGUGAACUCGAUCCAUUGAACCGUCGAUUAGGUUCACAAAAAAAACCGGAUGUAGUAGUCCAAGUUGUUAUCCUUGCAGAAGACGCAUCCAUCCAGGAAAAACUUAGCCGCUACGACCUUCAAGUACAAACGGUGCAAGAAUGUGCACCAAUUGAAGUUCAACCGGCGCGCGUACUUUCUCACCUGUACACCUACCUAGGCCACAAUAAAAAACUCAACUUAUCUGGGCGCCGAUCUCGAGACGUCGGAAUUCUCAGUACAAGUAAACUCUAUGCGCUACAGGAUCGGAUUUUCGCAUUCACGCCUCAGCUCACCGAUCAAGACCACUUUUACGUCGCAGUUGACUACGAAUUAAUGAUCGAUACUUUUAAAAAUGAGCUAUAUUUCUUGAAGUCAUCAUGGCAAAACAUGCUGGGACGACCAGUUGUUGUUAUCGUUAUUCGACAAGUACAACUUGAUCAAGGAAAAAUACCUGUUGCAAUGGUAACCACAUUGAAAAAACUGAAAAGCGGUUAUAUCAAUGGCACACGAGUUGCGCUCGGAAAUUUAUGCGAUUUCCUGAACACGUCUUGCAUCACCAAUUUGAGUUUCUUGGGAAAUCAAGAAGAUGGAAUGCCUGAUCGAUUGAAUGCGAAAGUGAGGCAGUACUUGGAGGAUCAUCUGCAUAAGACAUUCGUGCCACGUACAGGAUUCAUCCACCACUCAACCCAGAGGUUGCGAAAAAAGAACACGACAUUUAGCCAAAAUCCCAAAAGGAAGUUAUCAUACAGAGGAUCUAUUCGACGAACGCGAUGCAUUCAAGUCGAAAACCUUGAAGUCCCGUUUAAUAAAGAGCUCUCAAGCAUAGUGUCUUCUAGAGCAGUCUCGCCUUCCCAGUCCAUGUCACCUGAUACGGAAGGAGCUAGUAUUGUGUCGGCGGAACCACGAUCACCAUCUCCUAAAGAAGAGGAACCAUGGGUUAUGUUCACUCGUCAUCGUACAUGCUCCGACGCACAGUAUGAAAAUACAGAGGUUGAUGAAUUGUUGCAUAUGCUGAAAGACUCGGAGAGUCUAGAUGAACAAGGAGAUAUUCUUCAUUUCCUCGUCAUCGAGAAAGGCUUAGACUACAUGACUGGGAAGAUGGACGAUGGUACGCCCAUUCGGGUAAAAGAUCUUCUCAAAGAUCUGUACGAAAAAGCUUGUCGUCAGAAAAACUGGGGACUUGUCCGUCACACAGCUGGAAUGUUAGGCAAAAGGGUUGAAGACCUUACCAAAGCUGUGACUGAUUUGCUAGUCCAUCAAAAGCAAGUAACUGUUGGAAUGCCACCAUAUAAUGAACGAACAAUUACCGCCCCAUUGCCAAAUUCCGACCUUAGACAUCUAAUCCAUCAGGCAUACGGUGAUGACGAUAGCUGUGCCAUGCUGACCCAAGAGUUGGUCCUUUACUUGGCCAUGUUUGUGCGAACAGAGCCCUCGCUCUUUCUAGAAAUGUUGCGCCUUCGACUUGGACUCAUCAUUCGUGUGAUGGCCUCAGAGUUGUCGCGGAGCGUUAAAUGCGAUAGCGAUGAAGCAACAGAGCACCUGCUCAAUUUAUCUCCCUUUGAGAUGAAGAAUUUACUGUAUCACAUAUUAAGUGGUAAAGAGUUUAACAUGGUAACCAGUGGGAUUAGUGGAAAUUUCUCCGUCCUCAGCAACAAGUUUAGUAGGGUCAGCAAAAAAAGUCAAAUUGGAACCCUUUUAGGACGUGGAUCGACUAGUUCUUCUGUAGACAAUGAACAAGAAAACACGGAACCCGAUCGCCAAGGACAAUGGAUUCGACGCCGACGUUUAGACGGUGCGCUAAAUCGCGUACCUCGCGGAUUUUACUCUCGCAUUUGGAUGUUGUUGGAAAGGUGUCCAGGAAUGAUAAUUGAAGGCAAACUUCUAUCACAAACCCUGACCCAAGAAAUGACAUCCGGAGAAUUGAAAUUUGCAUUACAAGUGGAAACCGUCUUGAACGCUAUUCCUCAACCUGAAUAUCGGCAGUUGAUGGUUGAAGCAAUGAUGGUAUAUUCUCUACUCGCUGAAUACAAUUCAGUGCCGUCACUGGGUCAGACCCUGUGUGUGGAAAGGCUGGUUCAUGCAGCCAACAAGAUAUUUCUGGAUGAUCAAAUGCAAAUUCAAGGAGAUGCAACUCUUUGCUGCGCCAAACCGAAAGAACAACGAGAGUUAACAGCCACUGGAACACUCUUGUGUGGAGGAGCUGCCUACGUUUGCCAACAUUUUUACGACAGCGCUCCCAGUGGUUGUUACGGUACAAUGACGUAUUUGAUCCGAGCUUUAGCAACCAUUCUGGACUGUUUCCCUAUAGAAGGGGAGAUAGACUGUGCCGUUUCUUAGGUAAGCAUGGACAUUUCUAUCAGAUGAUUGCGUACUGUAAUUUUCUAAAUGUGUUGCAGUUAAAUUUGGGUAGACUUAGUAGAAUCCUGUUGUUUUCCGUCCUGAUCUUUAUCGUUUCAGUUCAAUGCAUUUUUUUUUGGUUGGAAUUUUGCUAAAAUGGCAAUUGGAUUGAUUUUAAUUUUUAAUAUCUUGGAAAUUGGAUACUUAAAUAGUUAAACUGCAUUAGGUUUGGAUUCAAUAAUUUCUUUGCAUUGCACUCAUCAGUUGGAAAAGUACUGAGUAAUGUACAAUUACCCUACUUAUUAUCACCAAAUUCACCUGUUUUUAGAUAGUGCUGUUUUCCACAAUUAGAAAAAAAGAUGUUGUGCUGUUCAGGUAUUUCAAUAAUGCAGACUGUGUAUACUAAUUCUGACAAUUACACUGUUUUGUUAAAUUUGAA